AUGUGGAAAGAGAGGAGCAAUGUGAGUGUGAAGAGAGAUGGAAUGAUUAAUGGACGGCAGAUGAGUGUAAUAGAGCUUCCAGCUCUCUCUCGUCUCUCAGAGGAGGACGUGAUGCGGGAGACUCUCCACGGUGUGUCUCUCUGUGAUCCUGGAGUUCAUCAUUUCAUCCUCGUUACUCCUGUCAGUCCACACACUAAUGAAGACCGAGCAGAAAUGGAGAAGAUUAAAGGAAUAUUUAACUCUCAAGAACACUUCAUGGUGCUUUUCUUUACUGAACUCACUGUUGACAAAAGUGUCUCAGAUUUUGUAGCGUCCACAGAAUCUCAGAGUGUUGCGAGUCUCUAUGGGAGCUGGUACAAUGUGAUGGGGUUACAGGACCAGAGAAACUCUCAACAGAUCUCAGCCCUGUUAGACUGUAUAGAGAGCAUGAAGACGGAACCCUAUUCUCUUCAGACAUAUAUAAGAGCUCCAGAGAGGAGAGUCAGACAUGAACUAGAGGAGAAACUGAGAGUGAGAGAUAAUGAAAUCAAAGAGUUACAGCAGAAGAUCAAGACACUGGUGUUGUCAUUGCUGCGCAGUGAAUCUCGGGAUAGCUUGGGCCACGAAGGAUCCAUCAAUCGUAUCCUUCAUUCCCCGGUAAACGAAGGGCACAUUAGCAGGCCGUUUUUGAAGGAGUCUUCAGAUUGGGACAGCCUUCAUCGCACCGUGGUGACGCAAUCCGUCUUCAAAUGCAGCGUUCAAAGGAAGCCACCUCUGAAUUGGGACGCAGCUUAUGAAUCUAUCCAGUCUGAUGAAAUCAGAAAGUCUGGCAAUGUGUGA